AUGAAAAGCAAGAAGCAGUCAUUCAAGCUGCCUGGCUUGCGCAGGUGUUUCUGGUGUUUGUGGCUAUUUGUGGCACUCUGGAUUGUGGAGCAGCAGAAUGUGUACUCAUCACGGGCAUCAGGUAAAAAGGCCGCCGAGGAGGAUGCAGAAUUGGAAACCACCGGAGGAGUACCGGACGACACGAUGGCUAGGUUGCAUGCAGAACUGGCUGCCCAGCAGGAAGUAACGAAUCCCCAGCUGGCGAGUUUACACCUUACAGAGAAUCGAUGCCACGUAAUUGCUUUCACUGUGAUCUUCUUAAUAUUAAUAAGGGCAGUUGUACUUCGCAGGGAGAGAGAGCGCAAAAAGAAGGCGGAAGAAGAAGUCAAACCUCCCGAAGAGGGACCCCAAGCGGAAGGGGAAGAAAGAAAAGAAGCAGAAGAAGCAGGAGAAGAAGGAAAGCCUGUGCAAGAAGAAGAACCUUCACCGGAACUGGUAGUUUCGCAGCCAGAGGAACCUGCGAAAGAAAUACCCCUGCCCCAAAUGCCUAUGGCACAAAUGCCCGUGCCGAUGCCGCGGCGUAGACCAAAAGCGGAAGUUCCACAUGAGAAACAAACGAAACAACCAGAGGAGCCUGGUGGCGAUGGAGUACCAGAUGAAGGAUUCGUGCAGAGGCCGAUAGCUCGUGCGAAAAAGAGUCGAAAGGAGUUUGUCCGGAAGGCGGGGACUCCUCCGGCGGCCCCCUCGCAGGUGCAACCAGGUAUUGAAAAGGAAGUGGCACAUGGGCAGGGGCCUCCUACCGGGGCUCCUGACCAGCUGCAACCAGGUAUUGAACAGGAGGCAGAAGAAGUGGAAACCGUUCAACAACCGACUCAGCCACUACCUGUUGAGCCUACGCCAAUGCAGCCUACCUUGCCACAGCUUCCACAACAACCAGCGCCAGCUCCAGCGCCUAGUGUGCCGGAAUUGGGGUAUGUUGAGCCGUCUGUCCCUCCAGAAGUCGCCCUUGUGGCGCCCCACGAAGUUCCAGAACCCGUACCUGUCAUGGAUAUCCAGGAUGAUGAGAAAUUGCGAGAUUUGAGGGCUCGUCGGAACAUCAUCAACAGUCUGGCGGAUGUUGCAACGAGGCUGACAGAUGAAUUGAUGGCAAGGGAGACACCGGGGAUUGUUAGUACAUUGAAGCAGAAUGUGGAAACAGCUGAAAAGGCGGAACGGCAGUACGAUUUGGCGAAAUGCCGAGGAGACCCAAACCUUCCAUACAUUCGGAGUGACACCAUCAGCGUAAUGGAAGCAUGCAUUGAAGGAGCCCGCGAUGGUCUAUUGCAGUUGGUGAAUCUGGCAAAAACCCACGGUGAGCAAGUGCAUGCGUACUGUUCUCAGAAGGCCUUUUCUUCAGACUACGAGAGUAUGCGGAGAGCUCUGGGGGAUAUGGCCGAUUGGAAAGAAUUCAAGUUGUGUCUGUCGACGCUGUCUUCGGUGGUAAAUACAUCAAUAGCUCUGCAACAUGAGAAUGAAGCCCAGCUUAGAAUCUUGAAGUCAAUAGAGUUUCUUGACGAAUGCAGUGGAGGUGAUUUCGUCAAAGCAUACGCAGCCGUUGCUGCCAUGAAUUUCAGGAUGGAAACCUUGCAACGCUUGUCUGCUCUGGGCAGCGCAUUGGAGAAAUAUAUACUACAAGCCCAAAAGUCUCUGCUGACGGGAAAGCUGCAGCGUGGACUCGUACAGGUUGAGAUGGAUGCAAAUUUGGCCCAGGAGCUCCAUGUGUUAUUGUCAAAAAUUCGCGCAGCACCUGCGGGUCAGACAGCAUCUGGAAUAACAGAAGAGGAGUUAAAUGCCGUAAAAAGUUUGCUUCGACAGCAAUAUCAAUAUCUGCAAGGUAUAGCUAGUGCGAAGGACGUCCAUGCUGUUGCAGCUUUGUACGGACGCGCGCAGCUAAUUAACGAAAAGCUCAAAUACAUAUUGCAGAUGCAAAAGGAGAAGUUGAAUUCAGCUCUGAAGCGCCAGAAGCUCAGCAAAGAAGACGCCAGCGCUGUGGCUGAGGCCAUGGCGAAAAUUGCUGAGACUGUCGUCGACGACAGCGAAGAGUUCUGGCGCUCUGCGCAUGAUCUUUAUGCACAGAUUGGUGGCAAGCCUGAAGAUGUGCUUGGUGGUGCUAGCGGCAAAGCGCUGCUGCAAACCCUGACAACUAAGAUAAAGUCUAGCACUCUUGAAAAGGUACAGGGUGCUUCGACCCCUCAGAAUGUUGCCGCAGACGCUGUAAAGAAAUACUUUGCCGAACCGUGGAGCAUGAUUGAAGCGUUGGCGAGGGAUCAUUGGUUGAGAGCGCAGGAAACGCUGGAGGCGGCGAAGAAGGGGAAAAAGUACAAACUAGAUAACGAAGGAUUUGGAUCAUCUGCACUGGAUAAGAAGACGAAACUUAGGGCUAUAGCGGUUGCGAAAAAAGCAGAGACAGCACUUCCGCUGCUAAUAUUUCAAUAUUGUCAUGAACUAUCAAAGGAAAUUGAGGUGUAUGAUGGCAUAUUUAGCUCUGUAUUCAUGUAUCUGCCCGACCCUGUAUCAACGGCGUGGACUGCAGUACGACAGCUGAAAGACCGAUUAGACUCUGAAAAGGCAAUGGCCAGGGACAGUAAAGCGACUGAAAACAUAGCUGAAUUCGCAAACGCGAUGUUGCAGACGUCCUUGAGCGCGUCGCGUAUUGUUGAGAAUGAGCAUCUUACAGCGGCAGUCGAAAAGGCGCGCAUUGAUCUUCAUAAUACAGCACGAACUUGA